UCUCCGUCCACUAAACCCACCCCUCCUCGACUCUGAUCUCUGUACCUCUCUGAAUGUAGAGUUUUAUUGGCUCGAUGGUGCCUUCUUGUGUCCAAACAGGGUACUGUUACUGUGGGAGGAGACGGAAGAUCAGCGGUGUAGUGAUAGGAAGUCGGGCUCUUUUCAAAGAGUGGGAUCUUUUACCAACCACCUUACCCAACCAACCUAACCCUGCGCUGUGUCCAAUAUCUGCUUCUUCUUCGGAUUCCUUCACUUUUUUCCUCACCCAGUUGGAUGUCUGUCUUUAGAACGUCUGCCCCCGUCCUUGUUUUACAUAAUGACAUGAUCCAAGUCUGUCCUCGCAUGUCAUUGGUCACACACUUCACUUUUUAAACAGUUGGAGGAGUUCAUUCAUCAGACAUCAUCCUGUUCUGCUAGUACAUGUUUGUCUCUGGUCUGCUUAGGUCAGAAUGGACAGGAAACAAGAUUGUGUGAAGCUGUCAGUCCAGCCGUCCAGAGGACUUAUGGAUGAGAAAUUCAUUGUCCUGGUCCAGAAUGUCCCACCUUGUUGUGCGCUGACUGUCCGUGCUUUCAACCAGUGUGAUAAAGGCAACAAGUGGGAGGCGUAUGGUCACUACACUGCCGAUGCCACUGGGACUGUGAAUGUUGCAGAGGAUAUCAGUCUGGGUGGGACAUAUUCUGGGAUAGAACCAAUGGGUCUGUUGUGGAGCCUCAGACCAGUUCAGGGCAGCAAACCGGGACACAGCUUUGUAAAGAAGAACACCCAGACUCCCAUGGAGGUCACAAUCUCAGUGUAUCAGGGUCACCAGACUGAAGGGUUCAUGAACCAGGUGCCGCUGGCCUGUGCAGUGGUGGAGCGCUGGUACAUGACGCCUGGUGUCCGCAGGAUCCCGAUCACGGAGGAAGGACUUGAUGCAGUCCUCUUCCUUCCACCAGGGCCCGGGCAGUUUCCUGGAGUCUUGGACCUGUGGGGGGCUGGAACAAUCUUCCUAGAGUACCGUUCAGCGAUGCUAGCAUCCCACGGCUUUGCUUCCUUGACUCUCAACUACCUGAAACCUAAAGUCACCUUGGAAACUGGGAAAAUGGUGGACAAUGAGUACUUUGAGAAGGCCUAUACAUUCCUGCAGAAGCAUCCUGCGGUCCUCAGUGACAGAAUCGCCAUGCUGGGAAUUUCCUUUGGCAGCAACUUAAUCCUCAAAAUGGCUUGUUAUUUUGAAGUUGUAAAGCUCAGGUGUGCAGUGUGUAUUAACGCUACCCAUGUGCAGCCAGUUGGUGGAACUUUAGAGGACAUGGUGAAUCAAUUGUACGAUAGGCGAAGCAAGGCUUACCUGAAUGAGGAGGAACAGGUGAUUUGGCGAGGCUUACUGCUGCCCAUCAUGACGGACCCAUCAACUAAGCUGGACAUGGGGCGACUGCAGUGUCCUCUGUUGCUGGUUGUAGGUGAGGAUGAUCAGAACAUGCCCAGCUACGAGUCUGCAAUGGAUAUGCAGAAGAUGAUGGAACAAGCAGGAAACAGCCACCUGCUGACUGUCCUGUCGUACCCUAACACCGGGCAUGUGAUUGAACCUCCCUACAUGCCACAUACCCGAGCCAGCGGCUUCAGAGUUCCCAAAACAAAUGAAAUAUAUAUGACUCUGUGGGGUGGAGAGACGGUGGCACAUUGCCAUGCUCAGGAAGAUGCUUGGAAAAAUAUACUAGCCUUUCUGAGAGAACAUCUGUUUACAGAUAGAAAGAUUGUUUCCCAUCUGUAAACAAGAAGAUAACUAAUAAAACCUAGUAAUAGCAUGAAGACCUACUAUAAAUAGAAAACUACAAGAUUUCUUGUUCUGGUUCUUGAAAAAAGUAGAGUCACAUUUGGGAGAAGGAACAAUAUUUCAUGGGCUUUUGUUCCUGUCCACACUUUGAAAAAACAAUUUGGAUUUGCAAAAAAAAAGAGAUUUUUCUGACAGACAAAGUCUUUUGAGGAAGCUUCACUGAAGUCAGACAUGAAAGUUACAUAAUGUGAACAAUGACAAGGAUACGUUUUGUUACAGUGGCAGAGUUUGUAUUAACACUGAGAUUUUUGGGUUGUUUAAAGUGGAAAAACUGCAAGUUGUUUUAAGAAGUACACUGUGUUCAGGGGCACACAUUUCUCCAGCAGUGCUGUCGCUAAAGCACCAUUAUAUCCACUGUUUCUGCUCAGCGACUGUGUUAACACCCACUGAAAAACUGUUCUUUUAUUUGUGUGUGUGUGUGUGGGGGGGUAUAGGGAAUAUUUGUGUUUGUAAGUGUGUAUGGCUUUAAGUUAUUCAUGUUUAAAAAUAAACAAAUGAUUGGAUAAGCACUGA